AUGCUCGGUGAGCCGCGCAUUCACCUGGUCAAGUCCUCGCAACAGACACUACUACUCGAUGAUCCUCGUCCUUGGCGUCGGGGGUUCUUAAAGACAAGCCACCAGCUAUAUGUUGGCCCGGGCGACUUCGUGUUCUUCCUCGCAGGCCUGCAGCUGCACAAACUUGACGUUGAGACCAUGUUUGCGCUCUGGACGGACAAAAUCGCAAUACAGGUAGUGAAGCCAUCCAAGUACCAGGACGUCUACACUGUCGAGCUGGAUGAGGACGACCAGACAGACGAGGAUAAGGCGUAUUAA